CUGUUUUAUAGUUUUUUUUUUAAAUUACAUCCUUAUAAUUCAAAUAUUUGUAGCCACUGUUACUUACGUAUUUAUUCAUUAUCCUCCGACGUUUACCUUGUCAAUAUUUACUUCAAGUUCAUGACACAUGAAAAAAAAUAUUUACUUUCGUUAUGAUUGAAGUAUCAAGAAAUUAUACACAAGUAUGUUAUUCUUAUGUACAAAAUGGCUUCACCUCGGAAAUUAGUAACAAAAUUGCAUAGCAUAUCACCCAGGAUAUUAAGAAACGUGGAAGAAAGAACUUUUCUAACUGCAACAACUCCUACAAGAGAGUCGUAUAGAAAAGUUGUUGAAAGCAAAAAUCAACUGUCUCCUUUUAACAUCGACACUCCUAAUAGGCAAAAGAUAUUAAAAAAUGGUCUACCCACUAAAAUUGGUACGUUUCUAGGAAGUGGCGGAUUUGGUACUGUGUACAAAGUUUCGUAUAAAGGUAAUCAAGUGGCAGCUAAAGUGAUGCAAACAGAAAAAUGUUCCAGCACAUUGAUACGUGAAAAACGUGCUUCUUUGCUAAGGCAUUCGAAUAUAGUAAAAGUGUUAAUGAUAGAACAAGGUGCUUCUCUGUCUUUAAUAACAAUGGAAUUAUGUGGUACCACUUUGCAAGAUUACCUAGACGAAACGAUCUUGAACAGAGCCAAACGAAAUUGCAUAUUAAAGGAUGUAGCUUGUGCUUUGCAAUUCUGUCAUAAUGCUGGUAUCGUUCACGCAGAUGUGAAACCAAAAAAUAUACUAAUGUCUGCGAAUGGCCAAUCGAAACUCACCGACUUUGGUAGUUCUGUUUUGAUACAAGAAUCAAAUGAAAUUGAUAAAUUUCACGGAACACCAGGAUAUGCCGCUCCAGAAGUAAUAAAGGAAAAUAAAUUAACCCCUGCGGCAGACAUUUAUUCUUUAGGAAUCGUGGCUUGGCAAAUGUUAUCUAGAAAAUUGCCAUUUGCUGGAUUGCACAGUCACGCGAUUAUUUAUCUUUCUGCAAAAGGGUAUCGUCCUGCGGACGAUAAUACAGAUGAUGAAUCUCAAGGUGUUUAUAAAGCAUUGUAUAAACAGAUGUGGUCGCAGAAUGCUACUGCUAGACCAACGAUCAACAAAGUAAUAACUACAAUCGAUGUAUUAAUUUGCCCUUAA